AUGUCGAGAUCACGCCCACAGCAGCUCGCCGCUCUCCUAGCCACCAGACCUCUGACCCAGCGCCAGCUUCAUGUUGCGCUUCGAGCUCAAGCUGGGAUCGCAGCAUCACCUCCCCGGGACUUCCUGUCUCGAUCGCGAGCUUCCGUAUUCUCUGGGCCAUCACGAGCAUAUGCGACAUCCCCAGCUAGUGGACCAGGAGGAGUUCGUAUAUCGUAUCUCUUCGGCGGACUAGUCGGGCUCGGCCUGCUCGUCACUACGUACGGAUUGCUGGAAUACUUCUUCUCGCUCCAGACGUGGCCGGAGCACAUCCGAACCCCUCUCAAAGCAGCCAUCAAAGCUCGCAAUGCAGGUGACUGGGCACGAAGCGAGACAUACUUUCAAAAAGCAAUCGAAGCUGCCCUCUCCCUCCCCUCCUCCUCGCUCCAGCCCGACCCCCUACAGAAGCUCACAGGCCUAUACGUCUCCUACGCCUCCCUCCUUGAAUCCCAAGGCCAGCUCGUCAAAGCCUACACCACCCUCCGGACCGCUCUCCACCAUCUUGGUCCCACACCCCUCAUCCCCUCAUCUACCGGUAGCGAAUGGGCCGGACCAUCCUACGUCCUUGACUCGGCGGACCAUAUUCGCGCCAUAGGCCUCUCCCAGAAGCUCGGCCAUCUCGCUCUUCAACUAUCGGCCGGAUCAUACCCCCCUCCGUUUCCGGUAGAUACCGACCGACCGACCGAGGCGGUCGGAUGGCUCGAUGCGGCCGAGUCGUACCUCUCCGGAGCGCUCACAGCUAUGCUCAAGCUCGGCUUGAUCCAGGGAGGAUCAGCAAAGGCGUCUGGCGUGAUUGCUGGCAAGGAUAUCGUGUUGCCAGAGGGUGGGACUGAGGAGGACGGGGGAAGGGUUGAUAAGCGAGGACUGGGAAUGACGAUGGAGGCGCUAUCGGAGGUGUAUGCCAGGAAGAAGCAGUACGAGGUGUCGGCGCAACUAUUGCUGCAGGCGAUUUCGAUCCUGCUGCCGCCUGGGUCGAAAGAGGCGCCCCCAGCUAGGGAUAGGUGUCAAGCUGCACUAUUGAUGACCUCCAUCUCAUCCCACACCCUCAAUCCCCGCACACCACAAGCCAUCAAAGUCUCCCGUUCGUGGUCUCUCCAAGGGCUACAGAUAGCGGAAAGCACCCUGGCGGAGAACGGAACUUCCUCCGCUGCAGACCCAUCCACCCUGAUCUGCAAUCGAGCAAGAAGCGUCGCUCUGCAAAACAUGGGCAUGCUAUCAGAGAUCGAGCAAGAUCUUCCUACCGCGUUAGGCUAUUUCGACAAGUCAUUAGCAGCGUCGAAGGAGAUAGGGUUCGCAGAGGGCAGAAGAGAAGCUAUGGAGGCGAUCAGGCGACUGCGGAAUCAAGGCGUGACCGAGCCUACGAUUUCUCGGACGUCAUGA